GAUUGGUCAUACUGAAGUGCGCAGCCAACAUAAGUGAACGACAAACGAGAGCGACUGCUAGAUUUUUUGUUGUUAGUGUAAAGAGUAAAGUGAAAACUGCGUUUCUUAUACAAUUUUUUAACAAGUACAAUCAUGAAGUUCCAAUAUAAAGAGGAGCAUGCAUUUGAGAAGCGUCGCGCCGAAGGCGACAAGAUUAGACGCAAAUAUCCAGACCGUGUGCCCGUGAUUGUUGAGAAGGCACCAAAGGCGCGUAUUGGAGAUUUGGACAAAAAGAAGUAUCUGGUGCCAUCCGAUUUGACCGUUGGGCAAUUCUAUUUCCUUAUACGCAAGCGCAUUCACCUGCGUCCCGAGGAUGCACUUUUUUUCUUCGUCAAUAACGUCAUUCCCCCAACAUCAGCAACAAUGGGCUCACUGUACCAGGAGCAUCAUGAGGAGGAUUAUUUCCUGUACAUAGCUUACUCCGAUGAGAACGUCUAUGGCAUGGAGAAGUAGACAAGGACUGCAUUCUUUAUAGUGGCAGGCAA